UCAAAGCAGGCUAAAUUUAAAGCCAACUUUUAUGUUGGACUGAGAAAAUACCAUCACAGAUAAAACUUCAAUGCAAACCUGACCAAAGUGCUGACUUGCUGAAGUCUUAGAGUACACCAAAAUAACCAUGUCAGACACUGAAUCCUGUAGUACAACAUGCCCAGUAGAGUCGCCACUACCCCAGAGGUCGUUACAGAAUCUGGCCAUCAGGUUCCCAGAGCUCCAGCCAUCUCGCCAUCUGAUGGACCUGAGUCGCUGGCCGAUCUUCUCAAUUUUAGAUGUGGACAUGCUCGCUUCUGUCAGGAAAAUAUUUGUGUUUGGGAACUCGGGAAAUGAAGCUAUUUACAUCACAGCCUCAGAUGAUGUUUACGCUUUUGGCUCCAACUGCAGCAACUGUCUAGGGAUAGGAGACUCACACAGCAGCUUUGAGCCCCGCAAGAUUGAGAACUUGUGUCAGAAGAAUGUCAUUGAUAUUGCUUUUGGUAGUGGACCCCAUGUUGUGGCUCUCACUCAAGCUGGAGAGGUUUACACAUGGGGACAUAACGGCUACUGCCAACUGGGCAAUGGAGGCUCAAGUCCUGGCUUCUCUCCCUUCCUUGUCUCAACUAAUUUGUCUAACAGAAUGGUGAUCAAAAUUGCCUGUGGGAGUCACCACACAAUGGCCUUGACCUCAGACGGGGAGAUUUAUGCCUGGGGACAGAACAACUGUGGCCAGGUUGGGACAGGAUCAACAGCCAAUCAGCCCGCGCCCAGAAAAAUAACUGCUGUCAUUGGUUCUAGGCUAGCCGUGGCUAUAGCCUGUGGUCAAACAUCUUCUGUGGCUCUCCUGGACAACGGAGAGGUGUAUGGCUGGGGCUAUAAUGGCAAUGGUCAGUUAGGUAUUGGCAACAACGUGAAUCAGCCCAACCCCUGCCGUGUCCAUGCCUUGCAGUCAAUCAUCGUCAAUCAGAUUGUCUGUGGCUAUGCUCACACCCUUGCCUUAACAGACGAGGGCAUCAUCUACUCCUGGGGUGCCAACUCUUAUGGUCAGCUUGGGACAGGCAACAAGGCCAAUAUGGUGGCGCCUGCUAAAGUCAUGUCUCAGGGGGAGAUGUUUGUGGAGAUAGCAGCCAGCCACUACAGCCAUAUUUCUGCAGCCAUGUCGCAGACUGGCAAGGUGUGCAUGUGGGGUCAGUGUCGGGGUCAGUCUCUGAUCGCCCCCAGGAUUACAAGAUUCUCCUCCACUGAUGAUGUCUUUGCUGCGUUCUCCGCACCCGCUGUGUCCUGGAGGAUCUACUCUGUUGAUUUGAUAAAAGGAUCUCGAAUAGCUGACGCGGUGGCAGAUGCCUUUGACAACCAGGAAGCCAGUGACAUCAAAUUUGUGGUUGAAGGGAAAGAAAUUCACGUACACAAAGCUAUCCUCAAACUCAGGUGUGAACACUUCAGGUCCAUGUUCCAAUCCUGCUGGGAUGAAGGCAGUAAAGAGUCCAUAGAGAUCACCCAGUACCCCUAUGUUGUGUACAAGGCAUUUCUCAAGUACCUGUACACAGAUGAUGUAGACUUGCCACCUGAUGAAGCUAUAGGUCUCCUGGACCUCUCCAAUGCCUAUUGUGAGGAGCUGCUGAAAAAGAAAUGCGAGGCCAUCAUUCGCCAGGGAAUCUCUGUAGACAACGUGGCAAUGUUGUACGCGGCCGCCAUCAAGUUCGGAGCUCAGCAACUUGAAGAUUUCUGUUUCCGUUUUUCCCUCAACCACAUGACCUUGGUGACCCAAAGCGAAGCCUUCGGAAAACUGGACGACGCCAUCGUCAAAGAUUUUAUUUUCAAGGCUAGCCAGGCUGGGGCAUUUAAAAACUGACUAUGACCUCGGGAGACUUGUAAAAAUGUGUUGCCGUGUCUCCUGGAUACUACAAUCUUUGCAUUUUUUGUCUCCUACACAAAAUUGGUCCUGUCUGUUUUAAAACAUUUAAUUUGUGAUAAACUUCACAAUAUACCAGUGGUAGAGUUGUUGAGAUAACAACACAUUUUUUUAUCCCGUCCAGAAAAUGUAAAAAGCCAAGAGUUAUUUGCAUAUCUGAGUAAAACUUUUCACAACUGUUGCACAAUAGCGCAAUAGCUGUCCUGUUGAACUAUGGACAGCACUAGAUCUGUCCUGUUGAACUGUUGACAGCACUAGAGCUGUCCUGUUGAACCAUGGACUGCACUAGAGCUGUCCUGUUGAACUGUUGACAGCACUAGAGCUGUCCUGUUGAACUGUUGACAGCACUAGAGCUGUCCUGUUGAACUGUUGACAGCACUAGAUCUGUCCUGUUGAACUGUUGACAGCACUAGAGCUGUCCUGUUGAACUGUUGACAGCACUAGAGCUGUCCUGUUGAACCAUGGACAGCACUAGAGCUGUCCUGUUGAACCAUGGACAGCACUAGAGCUGUCCUGUUGAACAGCUGACUUCACAAAAGAGCUGUCCUGUUGAACCACGGACAGGGCUAUAGCUCAGCCAAACUCCCUGUUGAUGUAGUGGCAUUAAGCUAUACAUUUUUUGUUUACUUUGUUGUUCAACUUUUCUUCUAUUUUGAUUUAGUCAUCGUAGUACAUGAUUGGGUUCUUUUAUUUAAAUUUGCUGCCUCAAGUUGAAUGUUCAAUUUCUGUGUUUGUUUGUGGUUCGACAUUUCCAAUACCAGAUCAGCCCAUGAUUGGGUUCUUUUAUUUAGUUGUGCUGCUGCCUCAUGUUAAAAGUUAAAUUGUUGUGUGUUCAUAGUUAGAGAUUUACAGUUUCAGUACAUUAUUGGGUUCUUUUAUUUAUCUGUGUUGGUACAAAGUCUACCUGACACGAGUACCACACCAGUUCAUCAAUGGAAGUUUUUGGCUUUCCACUGUUGUUUCAAUAAUGUUAAUUAUCUUCUCAUUCCUUAUAUACAUUUAUGUAUUUUUACGUCCACGUACACAAGUGUAUGUUCACACACAGUGAAGUUAUAUGUUAACCACUGUAAAUACCUGCUCAUAAAAGAUGCCAAAAUAAGCUGCCACAUUUAGUACUGCUCACAUAAAUUUUUAUAUUGUCAUGUAUUUUAAUUAUGGGAGAUUUUAAUUCUUUAAAUAUUUAAUUAUUUCUGUAACUACAUAUAUUGACUGUGUGUACAGCUUUAAAUCAUUAGCUGAUAUAUUUUUCUUUAAUCAUGUUUUAAACAUACCUUAGAAUUUGACUGCUAAUUCAUUUCAUAUGAAUAUAAUCACAGCGGCAUUUAAAACCAUAUCAUGUGAUAUCUGAAUACAAAUUGAAAUCAAACAAAGCACUAGAUAUUUAUACAGGAAUUCAUGAGAGAAAGUUAUCAGUUUCAUAGUUCGACUUGAAGUAGUUCAAGUUCAUGUUAGUUGAUGUUGACAAUGGUCAUUGAUAAUUGCUGCAUCACGUCUGAUUCAAUUUUUAAAAAAAAUAAUUUUAAACCAUGUUGGUCAUCUAAGUUUUGAUUGGUUACUUUAUGUCAGCUGGUGUUUAUUUAUAGACACCUGCGCCUGCUGCCUGAAGAAAUCAGGUUGAUGCUUCCAGAAUGUUCAGCUGCACCAACCUGCCACUGUUGAACAAACCACUUUACACAGCUCGCAGCAACACAUUUUUAAGCUGCUGUUAUCUAUGAGGUACAAGAAUGGUUUUAAUCAGUGAUCUAUUCACAAUUUUUACACCACAUUUUCUACAACAAUCUACUCCGGCUAAAGUGAAAGAAAUUUUAUUUUCUAACUAGCCAGGUUGAAUAUUUCUUGGUUGUUAUAAAAAAUGUAUUUUUAAUUUUUAUGCUGUCAUAAAAUGGCUAGACAAGUUUGAAAUAGUUUCAAUGAUGGCAAUAUAGUUUGCCAAAGAAACAAAGCCAGUGGCCACAACUUAGUUGUGAACUUUGACCUCACCAUUAUGUGAGUUACCCAGUAGCUUCUUCAGUGUCAUGCACAUAAUCUGUGAUAAUCCAUCAGGGUUGUACUUUAUGUCAACAAAAUGUGCUGUGUGUGUCAUAUAUAUUUAUUGUAUACACAUUUCUUGAUAUUUUAUGGAUGUCAAAUAUUUUAAUAUUAUUUAAAAUUUAUUAUUUAUUGUGUAAACUGUUGUCAUUGCUAUGCAACCAUCAGUGGCGUAGGUGUGUGGGGGGUGUUAGGGGGCUAGAAACCCCCACCCUUCCCACUGUCCCCCAAAAUGAAUGCUGUCUGACAUGUUAAGUUACUGCUACUGGCAACAGUUUGAUCCUCUAGUUCUGUUUACAAUUUUUAAAUUUGUCAAUGUCAGAAAAACAAUUUAAUAUUUUAAAAGUGUCACUUUAUAAAAUUUACCCCCCCCCCCCCACUCAUGACAAAUUCCUGCCUAUGCCACUGACAGGGAAGCUUGUAUGAUGUUGCUAUGCAACCAUGUUGUGUAGGCUUUGGUUGACUCUGUGCCAAUGAAUAUGUUCAUACAAAUCUUUGAGACACUUGUUGUUUUUGUUGGUGCAAUAAACUUGUUGUUUUCUC